UGUAUUUUAGGCCCAAAGGCAAAAGCCCUCUUUCCCUUCCCCCUUCCCCUUCAUCUUCCCACUCCCUCUCUCUGCUCUCGCUUCGCUUCGCUAAACGGGGUAGGUUGGUGUGUCUCGCUCUCCGCAUCCACACCCACACCCAAAUCCACCAUCUCUGCGUCGAUAUACGUCAAUCGGAGAAUAACGCCCUCGCCUCGGAUUGUUAUCCUCCAAGAUUUCGGGAUUCGAUAGCUCUGGCUAUUGGAUUUAUGCAUGCAAUUAAGUAGGGAUUGGGGAAUCUGGUAUGGGGCACAAGAAGCGGAACGUCGCUCCUCGCUCCAGGACGUUGCAGUCUCCGUCUUCUGCGGACGCUGGGGUUCCGAACCCCGACCAGUCGCCGGACGCGGCGUUGGCGACUUUGGAGGCGGCGAGGGAUUCGGAGGGGAGUAGCAAUGCAAACUCUUUGUCUUCUUCUUCUUCUUAUGCUGCAGUGAAGACUGAUUGUGACCGGGCGCUCACGGCUUGGCGGCGGGGAAACCACACCAAAGCCCUUAGAUUGAUGAAGGAUUUGUGUUCGAAGCACGAGAAUUCUCCGCACCUGGCCUUGAUUUACCGCGUUCAGGGUACUGUUUUGGUGAAAGUAGCUUCUAUUAUCGAUGACACAAAUUCCAAGCAGCGGCAUUUGAAGAAUGCCAUUGAGAGUGCGAGGAAGGCGGUAAGUCUGUCUCCUAAUUCUAUUGAGUUCGCACAUUUUUAUGCAAACUUGCUGUAUGAGGCGGCCAAUGAUGGCAAGGAAUAUGAGGAGGUUGUGCAAGAGUGUGAAAGGGCUUUGGCGAUUGAAAAUCCUGUGGAUCCUGCCAAAGAGAGUUUGCAAGAUGAGAACCAGCAGAAGAUAUCUACUCCUGAGGCGCGAGUUGCUCAUGUUCAAAGUGAGCUCCGUUCAUUAAUCCAGAAAUCAAAUAUUGCAUCUAUUUCUACUUGGAUGAAGAAUCUGGGCAAUGGGGACGAGAAGUUUAGGCUGAUUCCGAUCCGGAGGGUGCCUGAGGAUCCCAUGGAGCUGAGAUUGGUUCAAGCAAAGAGGCCAAAUGAGAUUAAGAAGGUGGCAAAGACACCCGAGGAGAGGAGGAAGGAAAUUGAGGUGAGAGUGGCUGCAGCUCGCCUAUUGCAGCAAAAGUCAGAAUCGUCUCAGUUGAGCAAUAAUGGAGAUGAGAGUAGUAACAGUAGCAAGGGGGUGGAUUCUGGUCCUGGAUCUGGCCAUAGAACAGGAGAAAGAAGGAGAAGUGGAAAUGUGAGGAAAAUUGCAUCUGCAGAUGAGAGGAUAGAUUGGGUCCGAUCAUAUUGGAAUUCGAUGAUUUCGGAUAGGAAAAAGGAAUUGCUAAAAAUUAAGAUAUCAGAUCUAAAGGCUCAUUUCAGUUCAUCAAAGGAUGGGUCACUGAUUGAAGUUCUCAAUGAAGCUUUGUCUUUUGGGGAAGCACAUAAAGUGUGGAGGUUUUGGACAUGCUUUCGGUGCAAUGAUAAAUUUGCUGAUGCUAAUUCAUUCAUGCAGCAUGUUGUGCAGGAGCAUAUGGAGAAUUUGCUUCCCAAACUGCAGUCAAUCUUGCCACAAAAUGUGGAGAAUGAAUGGGCUGAAAUGCUUCUUAACUGCUCCUGGAAACCCUUGGACUUAAAUGCUUCGAUUAGGAUGCUUGAGAAACAACACCCGAAGUCUAACAUACCUGAUGGAUCGUGUCAGAGAUAUGGAGGAGACAAUUUGAUACAACGUUCUGUUGUGACUAACUCUGAAUUGGAAUCAAAUUCAUCACCUCAAGACAAGAAUUCUGGUGAUAAAUGCAAUGGUAAUGCUGAUGACAGCAGACAGUUUGAUGAUGUGGAAUGGAUGGACUGUGAUGGAGAUAAUAAUUUGAAGGAAAGCGUACUUCAUGAAAACUGGCCUGUUUCUGAUGACCUAGACCGCUCAAAGCAUUUGGAAAAAAUCCAUGCUAUUUUCCAGACACUUAUCAGAAACAAGUGUUUGGCAUCAAGCCACCUAACCAAGGUUGUGAACUUUGCGGUGGAGGAGCUCCAGGGUAUAGGUUGUGGUUCACAACUUUACUCCUACAUCAACCAAACUCCUCUGUGCAUCUGUUUUUUGGCUGCAGAAGAGCUCAAGAAAAUCCUGAAAUUUUUGCAGGAAAUUGCUCAGUCUUGUGGAUUAAAUCGUUAUUCAGAUAAAAGUACUGGGGGAGAAGAUUUAAACACUGAUAAACAGGGUGUUGAUACUACAGAAAAGAUCAUUUUCAGCCAAGAUGCUUCUUUUCUGGUGCUUGAUGAGAAAUUUCUUCCCUGCAAGACCCCACAGUACUCAUCUGAAAUUUAUGCUCUAUCUACUUCUUCUCAUAUCAGAUAUGAGAAUGGCAUUGUUCUUGAUUCAGAUGCAUUAUUGUCCUGGAUAUUUAAGGGUGCUUCGAGUGGUGACCAGUUGGCAUCCUGGAAACAUACAAAAGAGGAGAAAACACAGCAAGGCAUGGAAAUCCUCCAGCUGCUUGGAAAGGAAUCUUCUCAUUUGCAGAAUUUGUGUGAAAGAAAAUGUGAACAUUUAAGCUAUGAAGAGGCAUUGCAGGGUGUAGAGGAUCUGUGUUUGGAAGAGGGAAAGAAAAGAGAACAUAUGGUUGAAUUUACCCGCCAAAGUUAUGACACGGUCCUUAAGAAAAGGCGGGAUGAACUUUCCGAACAUGAACGUGAAAUUGGAGCUUUCAGCAACAGAUUUGAGUUAGAGGCAGUGUCAAAUGUUCUUAAAGAUGCAGAAUCUUUAAACAUAAACCAAUUUGGUUUUGAGGAAACAUAUAGCGGUGUUACAUCACAUCUCUGUGACCUGGAAUCGGGUGAAGAUGAUGACUGGAGAACAAAGGACUACCUCCAUCAGCUGGACUCUUGCAUAGAAGUUGCUAUACAGAGACAAAAAGAACAAGUUUCUAUUGAGAUCAGUAAAAUAGAUGCAAGAAUUAUGCGAGCAGUUGCAGGAAUGCAGCAACUUGAGGUUAAGCUUGAGUCAGCAUCUUCUCAUGAUUUCCGUGCAAUCCUAAUCCCUCUAGUUAAAUCAUAUAUGCGGGCCCGAUUGGAGGAUCUGGCAGAAAAAGAUGCUACUGAAAAAUCUGAUGCUGCCAGGGAGGCAUUUUUAGCUGAACUUGCACUUGAUUCUAAAAGGGGUGCUGGUGCUGUUGAUAGUUCGAAACACAUGCAUGAGAGGACAAAGGACAAGAAAAAGAGUAAAGAUAAUCGUAAAAGCAAGGAGUUGAAGAUUGCUGAUAGUGAUGAAUUGCAAGAUCAGACUGCUGAAGGGAUAUCACAUGAAAAUGGACAAGAUGAGGAUGGUCUAGGUUCUGGAUUUGCUAUCCCUGGACCUGAUGAUGCUUUACAACUUCAGGAGGAAGAAUACAAACGUAGAAUUGAACUUGAAGCUGAAGAGAGAAAGCUUGAAGAAACUUUGGAAUACCAAAGGCGCAUAGAAAACGAAGCAAAAGAAAAGCAUCUGGCUGAGCAACAUAAAAGAUAUUCAAAAGCUAGCGAUUAUGCAGAAACAAUUAUUAUGGCAGAUGCUAAUUUGAGUCACUGCAAUGACAGCAAGCAUACUAAUCAACAAUUAGCAAAUAUGAAGGUACCCUCCAUGCUCAAGGAUGGAGUUACCAGGGUUUUGGAGGAAACACCAAAGAAUACUGCAAAUGGGGAUAUACCGAGGAUUGGCUUACAAAAUGAAAAUAUUCCCCAGGAUGAUGGAUCUUUUACUGAUCGACGACCGGGACGAAGAGGCAGGAGAAACAGAGUUCCAAACAAAUUGAUUGAUGGAAAGUCUCUAACCGUGACUGCAGACAAGGAAGAUAAGGAUCCUAGUAGAUCUGCAUUUGAUCAAAAUUCUCAUGAUGGUAGAGAUAAUGAAGAAAAAACAUUGAAACAGAUUCAUGUGGAGGAAGAAGAUGAAGAAAGGUUCCAAGCAGACCUUAAGAAAGCUGUAGACCAAAGCCUUGAAGAUGGUAAUGGAGUGGAUGUGUACGGGACUGGGCUAAAGAACGAAGUUGGGGAAUACAACUGCUUUCUUAAUGUCAUAAUCCAGUCAUUGUGGCACUUGAGACGUUUCCGGGAGGAAUUUUUGUGGAGAUCAUCAGAAGUACAUGUUCAUGUUGGUGAUCCAUGUGUUAUAUGUGCUUUGCGUGGGAUCUUUGUUGCUCUUAGCACAUCAUCAAAGGAUAGCAAAGGAGAAGCUGUUGCCCCUACCUCAUUGAGAGUUGCUUUAAGCAAUUUGUAUCCUGAUAGUAAUUUUUUCCAGGAGGGUCAGAUGAAUGAUGCCUCUGAAGUGCUUGGGGUAAUAUUCAAUUGUCUCCAUCGGUCGUUCGCUGUUGCAUCCGUUGCGUCUGAUACAGAAUCCGAUGAUAGUGACAGUGCAGGCUCCUGGGAUUGCAAAAAUGCUUCCUGCAUUGCACAUUCGAUAUUUGGAAUGGACAUAUUGGAGAGAAUGAAUUGCUACAACUGUGGGUUGGAAUCCAGAUAUCUGAAAUACACAUCUUUCUUUCAUAACAUUAAUGCCAGUGCUCUAAGAACAAUGAAGGUUACGAAUCUGGAGAACUCCUUCGAUGAACUUCUGAAUCUUGUUGAAAUGAACCACCUGUUAGCUUGUGAUACAGAGGCUGGUGGAUGUGGGAAGCUCAACUAUAUCCACCACAUUCUCUCCAGUGCACCGCAUGUUUUCACUGCAGUUCUGGGAUGGCAGAAUACUUGUGAGAGUAUUGAAGAUAUAAGAGCCACAUUAUCAACUUUAUCCACUGAGAUUGAUGUCAGCAUCCUGUACCGGGGUCUUGAUCCACAAAAUAGACAUUGCUUGGUUUCAGUGGUUUGCUACUAUGGGCAACACUAUCACUGUUUUGCCUACAGUCACGAUCAUGGGCAGUGGAUCAUGUACGAUGACAGAAACGUGAAGGUAAUUGGUGAUUGGAACGAUGUUCUAGCAAUGUGUGAAAAGGGGCACUUACAACCCCAACUCCUUUUAUAUGAAGCUGUAAACUAGUAUUACACCUAGUUGCUACUAAAAGAAUUGAGCUAAUCAUCUUGCCUGGAUUUGUUGAUGCAAUACUGGUCUCUAUCAACCCAAGAGUUGUACUACACAAGGUAAAAAAAAGUAUUAUGCUAAAGGCAGGGAGGAAAAACGUCCCAAAAUAAUUCAGGACAAAAGCCGAUACUCAUUUUGUACUAAGCUCACAGAGGACUCCACCAGCACCUUAGUUUUCUUACUUAUAUCUGAUGUAUGGGCUGUCUGACUUUCCUCAAUCAAUCGGGCUUAAAGAUUAUCCGAUGCAGCGCCUUAAGAAGCCCUCCUUGUAUGUCUGUCUUCUGCAGUGCUGGUAUGUUCUCAGUCUCAUCUCGAUCUCUGUUGAUGUCACAAACUGAAGUGUAUACAAGAAGUUCUUGUACUUAAGACAGUCUUUUUAUGGCAUUAUUAGUGUCAUAGAACAAUAUAUAUAUAUAUGUAUAGAUGGAUCAGGAAGAACCAAUGGGAAGGAAAUUUUUGGUGUAGGGGUCAUCUUCAACUGACUGUUUUUGUAUGGGACCUAAUCACAGACAGGAUAUUAUAAUCAUUUUGGGAGAAAUGAUUCCUACAAAAUAUUGAGGUAUUUUUUUAUUA